CCCACCCUCCACAGAAGCAAUCCAGAGUACUACUGCUGUUACUGUAGCAAAAAACUCUAAAACAUCCAUCCAUCCAUCAUCCACAUGGCUUUCUCUAGGUAUCUUCUUGUUCUUGCAAUGGUGGUUUUCGUUGCAACCUCAAACCACCACCAGGCGCAUGCAUACACAUGCGUCAAUGUCCAGGCCGACUUGUCGCUGACAUGUGAUGGCUAUUUGGGGGGCGUGCUUGGCCUCGCAAACAGUCUGCUGGGUGGUCUGCCUUUGAUUAACACUCUGCCUCUGGUUGGCGGUUUGGUUCAAGGUCUACUUCCAGCCGGUCAAUGCUGUGCCGAUGUGAAAAAUAUGUACAAUCAAUGUACCACAGCCCAAGUGGAUCUUCAAGCUUGUCUACAAGUUUGCAAUCUUAGCCUUGUAAACCUCUGCUUAAUUCUUAAGACUUGUGGUGUCAGCGCUACUAUCUGUGUUGGGUACGUGUAAUUCAUUAAUCUCCUAACUUUGCUUUGAUUUGCAUUUGUUUAUAUAUGAUUAAUUAUCUUAGUUUCCUCAUUCUACUCUCUUUUUUGUUUGUGAAAUGUGCAGUGUCGUUUAAUAUAUGGGCAUGCAUGCAUGCAUGCAGAGGAGGAGGAGAUCAAGUGAUCCACUAAAAUGUGUUGCAGCUUCCUUUGCUAGCUAUUCAUAACUAUCUCCAAUGUUUAUGUAAUGAAUAAAGUUCAUAUACCCCU